GGGGUAGGGCGGGGCCUGCGGGUCAUAGUGGCCCCGCCCUCCCCGGGCACUGUGAUGCCCAAGAGCAGCUGCUGGCCCAGCAUGUCUGUCCCCAGCCCCCUCCCGCCCAGCGUGUCACAACGGCGGAGGCGGCUGUAUCUGGAACAGUUGGGGAGGGCAGGCCCGGCCAGCAGGCGAGCGAGCGACGAGUGCAGCCGAGAUGAGGGAGUGCAUAUCCGUGCACGUGGGCCAGGCGGGGGUGCAGAUCGGCAACGCCUGCUGGGAGCUCUUCUGCCUGGAGCACGGCAUCCAGGCCGACGGCACCUUCGGGGCCCAGGCCGGCAAGAUCGGGGACGACGACUCAUUCACCACCUUCUUCAGCGAGACCAGCAACGGGAAGCAUGUGCCGCGGGCUGUCAUGGUCGACCUGGAGCCCACGGUAGUGGAUGAGGUUCGGGCGGGCACCUACCGCCAGCUCUUCCACCCGGAGCAGCUGAUCACGGGGAAGGAGGAUGCUGCCAACAACUACGCGCGCGGCCACUACACGGUGGGCAAGGAGAGCAUCGACCUGCUUCUGGACCGCAUCAGGAAGCUGACAGACGCCUGCUCCGGCUUGCAGGGCUUCCUGAUCUUCCACAGUUUCGGCGGCGGCACUGGCUCUGGCUUCACGUCUCUGCUGAUGGAGCGCCUGUCCCUGGAUUACGGCAAGAAGUCCAAGCUGGAGUUCGCCAUCUACCCGGCCCCGCAGGUCUCCACGGCCGUGGUGGAGCCCUACAACUCCAUCCUCACCACCCACACCACCCUGGAGCACUCCGACUGCGCCUUCAUGGUGGACAACGAGGCCAUCUACGACAUCUGCCGCCGCAACCUGGACAUCGAGCGCCCCACCUACACCAACCUCAACCGCCUCAUCAGCCAGAUCGUCUCCUCCAUCACGGCCUCUCUGCGCUUUGAUGGGGCCCUCAACGUGGACCUGACCGAGUUCCAGACCAACCUGGUGCCCUACCCCCGCAUCCACUUCCCGCUGGUCACCUACGCGCCCAUCGUCUCCGCCGAGAAGGCCUACCACGAGCAGCUGUCCGUGGCGGAGAUCACCAGCUCCUGCUUCGAGCCCAACAGCCAGAUGGUGAAGUGCGACCCCCGGCACGGCAAGUACAUGGCCUGCUGCAUGCUCUACCGCGGGGACGUGGUGCCCAAGGACGUGAAUGUUGCCAUCGCCGCCAUCAAGACCAAGAGGACCAUCCAGUUUGUGGACUGGUGUCCCACAGGCUUCAAGGUGGGCAUCAACUACCAGCCUCCGACGGUGGUGCCCGGAGGGGACCUGGCCAGAGUGCAGCGGGCCGUGUGCAUGCUGAGCAACACCACGGCGAUCGCAGAGGCCUGGGCCCGCCUGGACCACAAGUUCGACCUCAUGUACGCCAAGCGGGCCUUUGUCCACUGGUACGUGGGGGAGGGCAUGGAAGAAGGAGAGUUCUCCGAGGCCCGGGAGGAUCUGGCGGCCCUGGAGAAGGAUUAUGAAGAAGUGGGGACGGAUUCGUUUGAAGAAGAAAAUGAAGGGGAGGAAUUUUAAAUACACAGGUUCCUCUUGGCUGAGUCUCUUUGUCUUUGCUGCUCCGUUCCAAGCACCUGUAGCUGUCACAGGUGACGCUCCCAGCUGCAGCCAGAUCCCGGUCUGACCCCCGUCCCUGCAGGUGGCUGGGCUGAAAGGGGCACUGUGCUCUGCCCGCCCGCCCUUGGGCAGGAGCAGCUCUGUGUCAACAAAGAAAACGAGAGUCACCAUCUCUGGUUUAAGGGGAAGCCAAGUACAUGUGCGGAGGCCCGAUCGGGACUUUAACUCUAGGUUAGGCUCUGCCCACCCCGAAACACAGCCUGCUGGCCAGGCAAAGGUAAGACCCAGGGAAGGGGAGUAUCUAGGCCUUGAGAAGGUCCUGGAACAGACACCUCUUCUGCCCCGUACACACAGCAAGACCCACGCGAGACAACUUCAGGUGGUGUCAAGUGAUGUGAAGUGAACAAGCAGUGGUGAGAAGAAGUGCUGGGUUGUCAGGGAAGGCCUCGUGGGGACCCCAGUGGAGAAAGGAGCCAUUCUGGGAAGCUUUGGAACCGGGGGUGCUGGGCAUGGGGCAAAAACACAGGUGUGGGGACAAGCGUGGGGUGUCUGAGGAGCAGAGGGGGGCCUGUGGGUGGAGGGUGGUGGAGAGGGAGCCGCAGCAGCCAGGCAGGGUCCAAGCAAACUCGGCCUCACAGACCAUCCAGAGGAGUUUAGGCUUCUCUCUAGGCAGACACAGAGGCACUGGAAGGUUUGGAGCAGGAAGUGACUAUGUAUACACACAGACCUUAUCGCUAAUCCCCCGGCUGUCUGAACACGGGUGUUCUCACUUUACGAGCAAAGAGCCUGAGGUGCUCUUUGGAGACAGUAAGAGGGGUGCCCAGGGGCCGCCAGCCUGGUUUCGAGUCUGCCCUGCACCGUGUCUGUCGGCCGUGGUUGGCCGAGUGCCCGACUGCUGCCUCGGGAAGGGGCGGGUGGGGGCGGGGAGAGACCCGUGUGCCACUGAGAAAGCACAGGACACGUCGUGAGUGCACUCUGCCUGAAGCUGGCAGCUCUGGUAGGGUUUCAGGAGAUGUCGAGACUGCUGUGGGUCCCUGUAUGUCAAAUGUGCCGGUAUGCUCAUUAAUAUUCCACUGUGCCUAAACGUUUUUAUUUGAAUAUUCUUUGGAAGUAGGACGAAAUGGUGGACUACACUGAUCUUUGAAUAUUGAACAAGACUUUGAUCCCUGGAGUAAAACCAUACGUGGCCGGGGCAUAGAAUUCUUCUGCAUUUCUGAAUUCUAUUUGCUAAUGUUUUGUGAAGAAUUUUGCAUCU